CGUACCUUCCAGGGUUUUGAUUGGCAGAACCGGCGCCUCAACGUUAAACAACGGCGCGGUGGGUCACGUGACGGCAUCUGCUGCUGGCUGAGCGAAGCGUGUUAGCAGAUUUUUCUAUUUUGUACAUACAUUGUUUUGUAUAUACUGUAUAUGAUGACUUCAGUGGUCAGCAAUCAAUCCCGGGGGACUCGGGACAGAACGCUGCCCACCACCACACAAACGACACAGCCACAGAAACAGAUACAGGCCACAGCAGAACAGAUUCGUCUGGCCCAGAUGAUCUACGACAAAAAUGAUGCAGACUUUGAGGACAAGGUCAAACAGCUGAUUGAGGUAACAGGGAAGACUCAAGAUGAGUGCAUGGUAGCCCUCCAUGACUGCAACGAAGAUGUCAACAGAGCCAUCAAUUUUCUGCUGGAGAGCACCUCUGACACAAACUCAUGGGAGACAGUGGGAAAGAAGCGGAGCCUUGGGAAAGAGGGAGGGCCCUCAGAGAUAAAGGAGAGCAGGGAGAAGAGAGGAGGAGAGAGGGAGGCCAGCCGUGGCCGUGGGGGGUCCAACAGAAGGGGCAGAGGCACCAGCCGAGGCCGUGAAGGUCGGUCAGAGGAGAAUGGGUUUGAUGUGGCUCCUGGAGAGAGAGGGGGUGACCGUGGACGUAGGGGGCGGGGCAGAGGAGCAGGUGGCCGUGGUAGAGGAAGAGCAGCUGUUGGCAACAGGUUCUCUUCCCAGGGGAUGGGCACCUUCAAUCCUGCAGACUACACGGCUAACUCUGGAGCUCGCCAGGAAAUAUGGGAAAUGGACGGCAACGAAGCUGCUGAGGGAACUGGUGAAGGAACGUGGAGAGGCAACCUGGAAGAUUGGACUUCGGAAGACUGGAAUGAGGAUUUGUCUGAGACCAAAGUGUUCACUGCCUCCUCUGCCCCAAACCACAUCACCUCUGGACACAAUGUGGACCUGUCUAGCCUACUGCCCAAGGCAGGAGUGGCUGUAGGGGGAUCUGUGGACUCUGACCUGGGGGUGAUCGCUGAUAACCCCUCGGCUGAGGGUUUGGGCCAAAGCCUGGUGUUCACCAAUUCCCACCACAACGGACGCACUGCAACACACAGCUACGCACACGCCGCCGCCAACAGCUAUGCCCACGCCGCCUCUGCUAGUACCACCUACGCACAUGCCGCACUGUCUUCAGUUCUGGGUUCUGGUUUUGGUUCUCUGAAUGCACCGAAGCCUGCUCCUUCCUCUGACAUCAGGAUACCAGAGCAACUCAACGGGCCACGGCUCAACCAAAGAGCCAAUGCAGCACUGGUCACCACUGGCAAUAAUAAUGUCGCCAAAGAGGCAGGGCCACCCACGGUUCAAAGUCCCGCCCCUGCUUCCUCUCCCUCCUCUGUUGAAGUCAAGCCUCAGAGAGUGGAGAACGGCCCUGUUACUGCCCCACACAUGGAGCUGAAGAUACAGCCAGAGCCAUCAGUGGUGCUCAGCCAGCUGGCUCAGAGGCAGCAACAGACCUCCAUCCUUCCCACUCCAGAGCCUCUGGUCCUGCCUCAGCCACACGCGCCACAGGUCCCCACACCGCCAGGCCACGAGUCCUCCCUCCCUCCUGCCAGAGAUGGUGCCUCCCCAGGGGUGAAGCUGUCCGGCAUGGAGCCUCCCAUCUCAGAACCCCCACAGCGGCAGAUAAAGACACAGAGACGGAGAGUACCUCCUCCCUCCAAGAUUCCCUCAUCGGCAGUGGAGAUGCCAGGCUCAGCAGAUGUGUCUGGCCUCAACGUCCAGUUUGGAGCUCUCGACUUUGGGUCGGAGGCCAGUGGUGGGGCGGUGGAUAUGGGCCAGACGGAGUCGGCCAGGGAACAAGCCCCAGCUCCGGCUCCAGCUCCAACCUCUUUUCCUGUCCCUACCCAGGGUUCCACUCAGCAGCCCCAGAGCAGCUUGUUCUCCAAGCCAGGACCUGUGAGUGAGCACAUGAGCAGCUUGCCCACCCUGCCCUCAGCCGUGUCGGAUCCCGGCUUCCCCUCACCAUCUCUGGGCUUACCCAGUGCCACACCCUCCCCCUCCCUGGGUCUGCCCAGUGCAGCCCCUCCGCCCUCCUCCUCCACAGCACCUUCCACAGCCAGCCGGGUGGAGAGCAGUGGCCCAAGGUCCUUGCCACCCCACCUGGGCUUCUCCCAGAGCAAAGAUGUCUCUUCAGCUGCUGCUGGACCUCUUACGAAUGGCUACAGUGGCAUGAAGACACAGAGCACGCAGGACACUACGUCAUCAACGUCUAGAACGGUGAAGACGGAGUCUCCCGUUUUGACGAGUGACAGUGGCCCCACCCACCACAUCCCUUCCCCUGCAGUCACACCCUCCCAUUCAACACCCCUCCCCUCCCUCAGCAGUCACGUGACCAGUACUCACUCAUCUGGAGCAGCUCUAGCUACAAGUUCCUCCCUCACGAUGGCCAGUGAGGAGAGUAGCAGCAGCGGCAGCAGCAGUCUCCAUGCCUUUUCAUCAUCAUCUUCGAGUCAGGCUGUCAACCCCAGCCCUUCAGCCCCCCUGGCCGUCAGCAGCUCAACCACCAAUGGCCUGCACCCGUCUGGGGCACCAGGACUCACCGCUAACGGCACGAACAACACCACCAACACUACACUCUCAGCCGCGGGCAGCCGCACAGCACCGCUACUCACCACCACCUCUGGUAAAGCUCCCCCUAACCUGGCCCAAGGAGUGCCCCCUCUCCUGGCCAACCAAUAUAUCAUGGGCCCUGGUGGCCUGCUCCCCGCCUACCCGCAGAUCUACGGAUACGAGGACCUGCAGAUGCUGCAGUCUCGUCUUCCUAUGGACUACUAUGGUGUGACAUUCCCUGGUACUACAGCUACCAUGCCUGGUAGAGAUGGCCUGGCCAACAAUCCCUACUCUGGUGAGGCGACCAAGUUUGGCAGGGCGGAUUCGUCCUCCCCGGCUCCCCCCACGAGCCUGUCUACAGCUGGGGUGCAGUCACAGCCCCAGCAGGCACCGCAGGCGGGGACGCAGGGGCAAGGCCAGGGCCAGAGCCAGGGCCAGCAGACACAGAACCAGGCCUUCCUCAACCCCCCUCUUCCCCCGGGCUAUGGAUACACUGGUCUGCCGUACUAUGCUGGUGUGCCUGGAGUGCCUUCAGCCUUCCAGUACGGCCCCACCGUCUUUGUGCCUCCGGCUUCAGCUAAGCAGCCUGCCAUGGGCCUGGCUAACCCUUCCAACCAGUACCACCAACAGCAUCAGCCCAGCUAUGGUCAGCAUGCAUACGGCACAGCCUUUGACGACCUGUCUCAAGCCCACGGUGGGGAGUACAGUAAGGGAGGGUAUGGAGGCUCUGCCCAGUCACAGGCCAAGUCAGCGGGCAGCGGCCCAGGGAAAGCACCAGGAUUGUCAGGGUCUGGUACCAGUGGAGGAGUACCUGACAUGGGCGGUUCAAUCUACAGCAAGACACAGUCAUUUGACAAACAGGGCUUCCACACGGGGACACCGCCUCCAUUCAGCCUGCCUUCAGCCCUGGGGGGAACGGGGCCCCUGAACCCUGGGGGCGCUCCAGGAUAUGCCCCUGCCCCCUUCCUGCACAUCCUGCCACCCCACCAACAGCCCCACUCCCAGCUGCUGCACCAUCACCUCACACAAGAUGGUCAGGGCGGUCCUGGUCAGCGCAGCCAGUCCAGCACCAUGCAGCAGAAGACCCAAGGCAGCAAGUCCAGCUAUGGCAGCUCCCCCUACUGGGCCAACUGAGGAAUGACUCCCACUCACCCACCCCUCCACUUUUCCUCCCCAUCCAAAGGCUCUGUGUGUGUGUUGCGUGUGUGUAAAGCUAAAACAAAAAAGAACAACACACUACCCUUACAAUGAGCAACCCUGGGCCUCCUUGCCCCACUCCCCCCCACCUCCACAAGUCCUCAUAAGUCUUUUUGGUUCUCUUCCCUCCCCCCCUUUCGAAAUUGGUUGUACAUGUAAGAUAUUUAUGUAUGUAUUUAUAUAUAUAUACUGUAUAUGUAAUAGUAGAACACGAAAUGUGGUUGCUGCAUUUUAUUUUUGAAGGACUUUUUGUUUACUUUUUUCAAAACUGCAGGAAAAUACGUUACAUACAGACAGGAUGAGACGAUGACGAUAUGAUGAUGAUGAUGGUGAGAGAGAGACAGAUAAAUGAUCAGAAACUCCCUCAAAGAAACCAGAAAGGAAAAGGAGAGAGCUAUAGCACUGAUAACACAUGAGGACAUUUCAGAUGGGGGCGGGGGGGAUUUAUAAUAUUAACUAACUGCAUUUGUCUCCUUUUUUUUCUUUUUUUAUACAUGACUUCCUGAGUGACCAGGCUCGUUCCCCAUACAUCAUGCUCCUCUUCAGACUCCAUUUGUAGCUGUAGUUCUCUUCCUCUCUUCCCCCUCCCUCUUUCCCUCUGUUUCUGUUUUCUGGAUGUGUGGAGGACUGCUUCCUCCGAGCCCUCGCCCUGUGUCAGCUCCCCCCCUUAAAAGACAGACUUGCCCAAUCAAAUUUUAUAUUUUAAUUUAAUUUUAACCCUGAUUUCCCUCGAAAUAAAAAUUCUGAGCAGUUGGAACUAUGA